AUUUUUUGUUUUCAAUUUCGUGACGAAUUGUUAUAAUUUAAAACGUGUCUUUCUUUUACCUUAUUGUAAUGUUACCGAAAACACCCAAGCCUGCAUUUUGGAGAUUCAUCAAGGGUAGCGCCAAGACUCUCUUUGUGGUGGAAGCGGUUUGUUUUGCGGCCAGCUACGGCGUCUAUUACCGCAUGAACACGAAUCGAGAAUUCCGUCAGCAUAUACACGAGAACUAUCCCUUUGUGCUUGAUUACUACUACAAAAUCGGCGAGAUCCUCGGCGAAAAUCAGGCCCGUCAGUCGGACGCCCAUUACUGGAGCGCCUUGAAGAAGAGCGAGUAAACCAUGUUUGGCAAUCCGUAUUUAAAGUCCCUGUUCUGGCUUGUAUCCUUCGGUGGCAUUGGUUAUGGCCUGAUGCGGCUGACCGAGCCAAAUGCCGAUAAAAUUGAUCG